AUGACAGCCCCAUCAAAACCCACCGACCCUAAAAAGUCCGCCGAGGCAAAAGCAGAAGACACCGAGACGGCCGCCGCAAAACUCAAGAACGGCACCGCCGCGAUCGCGCUGGAGGAGGAUGAUAUGUUUGAGGAUUUUGAGGCUGACGCCUGGGAAGAAACAGAAGAAGACCAACUGAACAUACAUCAGUGGGAGGACACGUGGGCGGACGACGACGAUGGCGAGGAUUUCGCUGUUCAAUUGCAAUCGGAAGCCGCUAAGAGAAAGACAGGGUCCCAGCCCAUGAAGUUGUAAAUAGCUGUGGUGAAGGAAACAGACACGAGAAUAGGUUUUUUUUGGCCGGCUUGGGAGACCGAAAAGAUAGCAAAGAACCAUACGUUCCCCGCGCAUGAUUUCUCUCGAACGACACGAAUCUUCCGAGUAUCAGUAUACACGCGGACAUAUGAGUGUUACUCCUGGGUAUGCCAAUGGGGCGUGAUUCCUUGAUCACCCCUCCACAACUCGAACAACAACAACAUCACAAUCCGUCCCCACCGCCUUCCUCGCCGCCUCAAACCCAUCCACACUAACCGCACACAGCUCCUCAUGCGUUCCGGGGUCACGGUACAGAAACGAGUCGGUGGAUUCGUCGUAGGCGACGAGGAGGAUGUAGUGGCCGAUGAAGUCUGUGUCGUGCGGGGGUGGCGAUGAGGGGGACAGCCGGGGGGGGGAAGAGGUUGGGGUUGCGGUGGGAAGGGGGGUUAUCGAGCGCGCUGGGGAGGAGGGGUGGGUUGAUGAGG